AUGGUAAAAGGAGCCGUGAGUAAGCUGAAGUUCAAGUCACCUAUAAUAUCCACUUCGGAGCAUCUGAUAUCAACAAAUGAACUUCUAGAUCGUUUGAAGGCUCUACACGAAGAACUGGCUGCUUUGGAUCAGGAUAAUGCCGACUUAACUGGACUGGACAAAUAUCGAGACGCCUUGGUCAAUAGAAAACUUCUAAAACAUAAAGAUGUGGGGAUUCGUGCCUUUACUGCCUGCUGCCUGAGCGAUAUUCUAAGACUAUAUGCUCCAGAUGCGCCUUAUACGGAUGCUCAACUAACAGACAUUUUCAAAUUGGUGCUCUCCCAAUUCGAACAACUGGGUGACCAAGAAAAUGGCUAUCAUAUUCAACAAACUUAUCUAAUUACCAAGCUACUAGAAUAUAGAUCAAUUGUAUUAAUAGCCGACUUGCCCAGUUCAAGUAAUUUAUUAAUCGAACUUUUCCAAAUAUUUUACGAUUCUAAUAGGUGUUUCCCUUCAAGGCUUUACAACGUUAUUGGCGGUAUUCUUGGUGAAGUUGUCUCUGAAUUUGAUUCUGUUCCACUAGAGGUAUUGAAAUUGAUUUUCAAUAAAUUUCUAACCUAUAAUCCAAACGAAAUCCCCGAAGGUUUGAACGUUCGUUCCGAUUGUGGCUACGAGGUUAGCUUAAUUUUAUGCGAUGCUUAUUCCAAUAGAAUGAGUAGACAUCUGACCAAAUACUACUCCGAGAUUAUUCAUCAGGGAGCCAGCGAUAAUAAUGAUUCUAGAACACUCACUGUGAUAGCAAAACUACACAAACUGGUUUUAAGACUUUGGGAAACUGUUCCAGAAUUAAUUUCUGCAAUAAUCGGAUUUAUUUAUCAUGAGCUAUCUUCGGAUAACGAACUAUUCAGAAAAGAAGCUACUAAACUAAUCGGUCAAAUACUUACCUCAUAUUCGGAUCUGAAUUUCGUUUCCACACACACUGAUACGUUUAAGACUUGGAUUUCUAAAAUUGCUGAUAUUAGUCCUGAAGUUAGGGUCCAGUGGACAGAAUCAAUUCCCAAUAUUUUAACUACAAGAGAUGAUAUAUCCAAGGAACUCAAUCAGGCUUUGGCAAAAACAUUUAUCGAUUCUGAUCCUCGUGUGCGUAGGGCUUCCGUUAUGAUCUUUAACAAGGUCCCUACUAUUGAAAUAUGGAAAAGCAUUACCAAUAAAGCCAUUUAUACAUCAUUGCUACAUUUAGCCCGAGAAAAACAUAAAGAAGUUAGAGAUUUGUGUAUAAACACUAUGGCCAAGUUUUAUUCAAGCUCAUUGAACGAAGUCGAAAGAACUUAUCAAAAUAAAGAAAUCUGGGAAAUAAUCGAUACCAUACCAUCCACCUUAUAUAAUCUUUAUUACAUCAAUGAUUCGAACAUUAAUGAACAAGUUGAUAAUGUAAUUUUUGAGUAUCUACUGCCCUUUGAGUCAGAUAACCAUAAAAGAGUCCAUAGAAUAUUAACGGUAUUAUCACAUUUUGAUAAGAAAGCAUUUACUUCGUUUUAUGCAUUUAAUGCAAGACAAAUCAAAGUGUCAUUUGCCAUGUCCAAAUACAUUGAAUUCAGCGAAUAUUUGAACGAUCAAGAGAAUGCAAACUCAUCUCAAGGACCAUUGAUAUUGAGCAAAUACAACCAAACUAUCCAAUGGCUAGCGUCUGGUCUGCCUGAUUCUAUAAAGGCCAUUGAUUCUCUAGAGACUAUAAAACAAUUUAAUGAUAAGAGGAUUUUCUAUUUGAUAAACACCUGUAUCACUAACGAUAUUCCAUUUGCCACUUUAAAAAACUGUUUUAAUGAAUUAAUUAAUAAAUUACAAACACCCGGAUUAUUCAAGAAAUAUAAUAUAUCUACCGGGGCUUCUAUAAUGCCGCGCGAUAUUGCCAAGGUGAUUCAAAUUUUGCUGUUUAGAGCUUCACCAAUAAUCUACAACGUGUCUAAUAUAAGCGUCUUGUUGAAGCUUCCCAAUAAUUCCGAUCCAAAGCAUUUAAAUUUAAAGAGGAAAAUUUUGGAUGAUAUUUCAAAAGUCAAUCCUACCUUAUUCAAAGAUCAAAUCAGGACGUUGAAGACAAUUAUCAAGAAUUUGGAUGAUACAGAUGCGGAAAAACAUGAUACCUUGACACUAGAAGAAGCCCUAAAGACGUUAUACAAAACUUCCAAAACCCUAAAGGAUCAGGUCGACUUUGAAGAUACGUUUUUUUUCACUAAACUAUACGACUUUGCCGUUGAAGGUGAACCAGAAAUUGCUAAAUACUCUACAAAACUAAUUGCUCUAUCACCGAAAGCGGAAGAAACGCUAAAGAGAAUAAAAACUCGGAUCCUGCCUUUAGAUUUGAAAAAGGACAAACAUUUCACAUCUCAUAUUAUAGUCCUUAUGGAAGCUUUCAAAAGCUUCCCCCAUAUUUUAAAUGAUGAUUCAACUGAUAUCAUAUCAUACUUAAUCAAAGAAGUUUUAUUGUCAAAUCAAGUCGUGGGUGAUUCGAAGAAGGAAGUCGAUUGGAUAGAAGAUUCUUUAUUAGAUGAAUCGAAAUAUUCUGCAAUUGGUAACAAAGUUUUUACUUUAAAACUGUUUACUAACAAGCUAAGAUCAAUUGCACCUGAUGUUCUUCGAGAUGAAUUAGCAGAAAGUUUUACUGAGAAAACUAUGAAGUUGUUCUUUUAUUUAAUUGCAAGUGGUGGUGAAUUAAUAUCUGAAUUUAAUAAAGAAUUCUAUCCCACUCCAAGUAAUUAUCAAACGAAAUUGAGAUGUGUGGCAGGAAUCCAAGUUCUAAAAUUAGCCAAAAUUUCCAACUUAAAUAACUUUAUUAAGCCUUCAGAAAUUAUUAAGCUUGUGAAUUUAGUGGAAGAUGAAUCAUUGCCAGUAAGGAAGGCAUUUUUAGAGCAAUUGAAGGAUUAUGUUGCUAAUGAACUAAUUUCAAUUAAGUUUCUACCCUUAAUUUUCUUUACUGCAUAUGAACCAGAUAUAGAAUUAAAAACAACAACAAAGAUAUGGAUAAAUUUUACGUUUGGCCUAAAAUCAUUUAGAAAAGGAACAAUUUUUGAAAGAGUACUGCCAAGAUUAAUACAUGCAAUUUCUCAUCAUCCUGAUAUAGUAGAGGGUUUAAAAUCCGAAGGUGACGCAUAUCUGAAUGCUUUGACAACUGCAAUUGAUUAUUUGCUGUUUUACUUUGAUUCUAUCGCUGCUCAAGAGAACUUUAGUUUAUUGUAUUACUUAUCAGAAAGGGUAAAAAAUUAUCAAGAUAAACUAAUUGAGGACGGGGAAGAUAAUGAAGAUGACGAGGAACAGGAACAAAAAGCACCAAACAAGGGCGAAUCUCGUGGUGAGAAGAUGUACAUAAUUGGAGAACUCUCGCAAAUGAUUCUAUUGACUUUGAAGGAAAAAAGGAAUUGGCAACAUUCAGCGUAUCCUGGUAAAUUAAACUUACCAUCCGAUUUAUUCAAACCUUUUGCUACCGUUCAGGAUGCACAAUUAUCAUUUAAAACAUAUCUACCAGAGAACUUAACUGAGAAAAUACAAAAUAACAUAAGAGCCAAAAUAGGACGCAUCCUUCAUACAUCACAAACUCAAAGACAAAGGUUGCAGAAAAGGCUAUUAGCCCAUGAGAACAAUGAAUCACAGAAGAAAAAGAAAAGAGUUCACCAUGUGAGACCAAAGCAUCACGAUGAUGAAAGUGACGAAGAUGAAAAAUCAGGCAGUGACAAUGAUAGUUAUUCGCCUUCUAACAAGAACGAAAACAGAAGAGUAUACGAGAAUGUUGUAAAGAAGAAAUUAAGAGUCAGAAAGGAAAUAGAUUACAAAGAUGAUGAAGAUGAUGAUAUAGAAAUGGUUUAG